UGCACUGACUGGGUGUGAACUGUGAAGUUGAAGUCACUCUUGUCAGCUCAACCGUCCGGAGGAAACAGUCUCCCCGGGAGUUUGGUUUUAUCCAGGUGGGCACUCAGAACCUCUGCUAGGAUGUCUCCAUCCACGUCCCCGCGCUUUUUCACAGAGAGGGAGGUGGCCCGCCACUGCACCAAGGACUCGUGCUGGGUACUUUUGGGCACCAGGGUGUACGAUGUGACCAACUUCCUGAGGAUGCACCCAGGCGGCGAGGCGCUCAUUCUGCGCCGGUCGGGGAAGGACAUCAGCCGGGAGAUAGAGGGGCCCCCACACCGGCACUCGGAGAACGCCCGGCGCUGGAUGGAGCAGUACUACAUCGGGGAACUGGACAGAAACAGCGGUUCUGAGGAGGCACAGACUUUGAGGGAACGAAGGAACGGCUACAGUCACACAGAGGAAAACUCCAGUCAGAAGCUCAGCGAAGAGGAGGACUCCAUGUACAACCGCUGCAGCCCCGUGGACCUGGACAAUGAUCUGGUGGACUGGAGGAAGCCUUUGGCGUGGCAGGUGGGACAUCUGAGAGAGAAGUAUGAUGCCUGGGUCCAUCAGCCCGUCGAUCGACCAAUCAGACUGUUCGGAAAUUCUUUUCUGGAAGCCGGCACCAAAACCUCCUGGUACUGGGUCCCCAUUGUGUGGAUGCCUCUUGUAAUUUAUCUAAGUUGGUAUUGCUAUGCAACGUUAGCGAAAGGCGUGAGCAGGAUAGAAGUGACUUCAGACUUGUCCAUCCCAGUCCAUAAAUCCAUCUUCCCUGUGCUCUUCUUGUUGGGCUGGUUCCUCUGGUCCUUCAUCGAGUACUGCAUCCACCGCUUUGUCUUUCACAUGAAACCCCCCGCCCAUAACUACUACCUCAUCACCAUACAUUUCCUCCUGCACGGCCAGCACCAUAAGUCUCCCUUCGAUGGCUCCAGGCUGGUCUUUCCCCCAGGACUGGCCUCGUUUGUGGUGGGACUGUUUUACGUUUUUCUGAUGAGUGUGCUUCCAGACAUCAUAGCGAUGUCUGUGUUCGUAGGAGGGCUUUGUGGCUAUGUUGUAUAUGACAUGAUCCACUACUAUCUCCACUAUGGCUCCCCAAAGAAAGGCUCAUACCUGUACAGCCUUAAGGCAUAUCACGUCAAACACCAUUUUGAGCACCAACGAUCAGGUUUUGGAAUCACCACCACAUUUUGGGACCACCCCUUUAAUACACUCAUCCCUGAUGAGAAGUUCUAACCCACAGAAGGCUCCAGGGCCUUCGGACUUAUCAGACCUCCCUUUAGAAACAGCCACACACUGCACUGUCCUGAGCCUCACACAGGGAAACCCUAGGCCUCUGCAGCAGCUCAUCUCUACGUAAUUUCUACAUAAUGCCUUCAAUCCAGCCAACACGUUCUGAUGUCAUGUACUGUGUCAACUAAUCAAGCAACUUCCUGCAGCCAACUAGAGCUUUAUAAUUGGGAAGGUGUCAGCUGAGAAAGAAAAAAAAUAAUAAUAAUAGUAACACAAAACUUUGAAUGUACACACACCUCCCUCAAAACCCUGCUCUGAUUUUAGACAAAGAAAAGUAAGUGAUGGUGGUGGGUGGAUGUGUGAGAGGGAUAAAGGACAAGAGGAGAGAGAAAGAGUUCAGCAUCGAGAAUAACAAAUGAGACCAAAACUGUGUCACCUGAUCAUGUGAACCAACUCAGGAAAUACAACUGUGCACAACUAGUCCCCUGUCCCAUAGCUAUAUCCUGUGAUUAAGCUUUCUACUCUGCUGCUACUCAAUUGUGAACAGGAAACAUGCAGCUUUAAUAUUUGAAAUGCUGAGAAAAGAGAUUUAAUUUAUUAAUUAAAAGCAAACAAGAUUAUUCUGUUAGCGUGCUGAUAAGAUGUCAUUUUGUGUAUAAUAGACCUUAAACCACUGUUGUGAUUCAUUUUUGAAAAUCUGUUGUAACACUUCUAUAGUAACAAAGAUGUAAAAAUGUUUGUAUCGUGCUGUACAGGAGAGACCGUCUUUGGGAUUUGCUUUAUGUUGUCACAAGGGUCAGUGUUUUAUGAAUGGUGGAGUGGAAACUCCAAUACAUCUUCUGGUGUAUUGUCUCGGUUGAAGCGACUAAAGAUGAGGUAUGAAGCCACUGUAUCAGAGCUCCUGUUGUGGGUAUCUCAAGGCCAAAACUACAGCCAAGUGACCAACAUUUUACAAAAGAGAGAGAGAUACUUUAUUCAUUCCACAUGAAAAAAGAAACCGAAGUGAAACUGUAUACUGUGAGAUUUUUGAUAAAUAUGUAAAGUGCAGGUCCUUAGAGAUGCUAGCAGUAUGACGAUUGUUGAACCUUCUGACUGAAAAACAGGAGUCUUUGAAUGCAACUGGCUGAUCCUCAAAAACCCUGAUAACUAAAGCAGAACAAAGCUUUAUACAUACAUAGAUAGCACAACUAGAAAAAUAGGAAAACCUUUACAAAUUAUAUUUUUUCUAACAAUAACAAAUAAAGUGUACAUAAUAUACGAUGUCAAAAAAAUUAUAAUUCACAUCAUUAUGCUUUUCUGCUCUUUCUCGCUGGGGCAAUAACAAUAUCUGCGUAGCUGUGGCAAAACACUGUAACAAAACUUCUUCAGGCCUUUUACAACUGUAGCCACAAAUCGUGUCAUACUCUGUUUAUGGAAACAUAUCAGUAAUAACAAGUGUCAAAUUAAUGUAAUAGACACGAAGAAGCAGCUUUACACACCAAAAAAGCACUGUCACGAAGAACCAAAUAUAGAUUUAUAGUUAUAAUGCACAUAUUCAUGCAAAUAACUGCAUAGAAAAGUUAAAGGAUUCCAGAUGAUGGAUUAAAAUACAAACUAUUUUAUACAAAGUAAUAUUGUUAUUUAUAUGACUUCAAAAUGAACCUGUAUUCUGACCUUUCUCUUUGCAAAAUGAUAAUGCAAUAAUAAUAUUGUCUAAAUCUGUUUACUAUAAUAAUAUCUAUGACUUUUAUUUUUGAAUUUUACAUUUCUAUGCAAAUGCUAAUGUAUUUGUAAAUAAAUGUCUGUGUAUA